AUGAUUAUGCUACUGUGUUUUACAGGUGAUGAACCUGCAUGCGGGCUCAUCCCAUCUACCACUAUGAAACUCUACUUUGAAGCCGAAAAGUUUGUGAAAGAGGGAGAUAGAGGGUUGAAAAACCGGAUUUUCAAUGCCAAACUUUCUAACUCUCCGAAACAUGUGUACGCAUUGGUCAUUUCCACGCUCAAAUACAAAGAGUACAUUGAAGAGAUUCUUCGCAAAUCGAAGAUCCAACAGCUGCCCGAAAUAAAAAAGUUGAAGAUGAAGGAUCUGUUGUUGAUGUUGAUGAUACAUGACUUUUUGUUCAGCGCCAAAGGCAGAAUUCAGCUGGGGAAGCAUCCGAUGAAAGAGGCGUUCUUGCUCAAUAAGACAAGGCUACAAGCAGAACUCACGAAAUUGAAAUUGAAGCAUAAAGUGACAUCCGUCGAGAAGCUUCCCUUGAAAGAAGGCAUUGAUGAGGACGAAACGCCCGUGCGUUGGAUCCGUAUCAACACUAUCAAAAUCAACAGUGAACAAUUCUUCAAGAAACAUCUGUUCUUUUCCCAAUUGGAGCCGGUGAGUUCCAUUGCCGAAAUUACCCAGCCAGGAGUAAUCUACCAUGAUGAGCACAUUCAAAAUCUUUAUGGGCUUCAUCCACGAGAGAAGAUCACGAGCACGCCGGCGUACCUUCAGGGAGAGAUCAUUAUCCAAGAUAGAGCAUCUUGUUUUCCUGCGGAGAUUCUUAACAAUGACCCCAAUGAUGUGCAUCUGGAAGUCAUCGAUGCAUGUGCAGCUCCAGGAAAUAAAACCACACAUGCCGCUUCUUUCGUCGGACCGAAGGGCGUCGUUUAUGCUUUUGAACGAGACAACCGCAGAGUGAAAGUGUUGAAGACCAUGUGUGAAAAGGCUACAGGGAAAGCGAAGAAGAGUCUUAUUCAUCCGACUCAUGCCGAUUUCACCACGAUUGCGCCCUCUGAUUUUCCUUCUGUCACAGGCAUGAUUGUCGAUCCAAGUUGCAGUGGAUCGGGCAUUUUCGGCCGAGCUAUCGAAGAUGCAAAUUCCCAAGAGCAGGCACGAGAAGAAAUCGACACGGAAAGACUCAACAAGCUAGCUGGUUUUCAGUUUAAGAUCAUGAAACAUGCGUUGUCAUUCCCAAAAGUUCAUAAAGUUGUGUAUUCGACAUGCUCUAUUCAUCCGCAUGAAAAUGAAAGAGUUGUGGUUGAUCUUCUCAGUGAUGCGGAAAUUCAGAAACAGGGCUGGAAACUUGAAAAGCGUCAGUUUGUGAUUCCGUCCUGGGAACGGAGGGGCUGGGAACAAGAGUUUUCGUCCUUGUGUGACGGAGACAAGGAGAAAUGUUUGGAAAUGGCCGGUGGAUGUGUGCGUUCUGUGCCCAAAGAAGAUGGCGGAAUUGGGUUUUUUGCUGCUUGCUUUGUCAGAGCUCCAGUAAAAGAUCAAUAA